UAGCGAUGUACUUUUGACUGAAUUGUUCGGAAAUAUUUAAGAAAUAUAAAGUAUCCCGACACCAUGAAAUAAAGUGAUGGUCGUUUCCAUCUUUCAAAAGGGCCUAAGACAUUUUUACACCCAUUAUCAGGGAGUAAAUCUACUUUCAGUUGUUUCCAAGCUAUUGGCUUUUGUCAUGCUAAGCAGAUUGUCCAGAAUGAGUGGAAGACUGACUCACAAGAAGUAGGCUAUUUUUCGUCUAGGACAUGGAUACAUUAAUUAUAUCUUCACUCUCCACCAAAUUCUAGAACACCUGCAUACGUAUCGCAAGCUUACAAUCGUUCUUUUUAUUGAUAUCAAGACCAUCUUUGAUCCGUCGCUCAGAAAUAAGGUUUUGUUGAGGAAGAGUGUGCCUGAGAAGUUUAUUAACAGCUUGAACGCUCCGUGUUCAAACAUGGGUCAGGGUCCUUUCCGUCUCGGCCAUAGAUGGCUAUUGUUUGUUGAUGUUGUGGGAAUAGUGCGCACUGUUUACGAACGCGAGAGAUUUUUUAUUGUUGAUUGUUCAAUCAAGGAGGAAAGUGAAUUGUUACAUCACAUAAUUCACAGGUACCGUUUACACGAAGAAAUUUACUCAAAUCCAUAUGAUCCUGGUGUUGUCGCAGAAAAUAUAAAAAAAUCUCAUGUGGUUAAUUUAGCGAAUUCACUUGUAACAGAAUGUUGUAGAAUCCUAGUACAGGAUAAUGUCCAGUUGUUUACCAAAUUAGACUUAUGUUUACAUCCGAAAAUAGUUGAAUCUGUAACAGCAAACUGGAGAUCUUUGACUAUGGCAUAUGAUGAAUCUGAAACGGAUUAUCUUCGACAAAGUUUCAUUGAAGUUGAUGAAGGUGAGCAGAGUAGUGCAGCUGAGAAUAAAGCACUCAAUCCUAAAAAGCUACAACUUAUAGUUGCAAGUUUGAUUGAACGAUUAUUAAUUGAGGGUUGGAUUUUUCCAGCUACUCAAUCUAUUGGAGGUAUGCGGACUUAUUAUUUUGUUCAAGAGAAUAAGAAAUUACUCGAUGCUGUUUAUGGGAUAAUUUUUUCUCAAGGCAUAAAUAAAGAAAUAUCACUGCAUAAUAUACUACACAGUAUUCGACAACGGUCGUUUCCUGAUAAUUUGCAAUUAACACGUAUAACCUUAAAUGCACUAAAACAUUUAUUGAAUCAAUUGGAAUCUGAAAGUCGUAUAUAUCAAAGUAAUUUCGGUUGUUAUAGUGUAGCUUAAAUGUGUAAAAAAAAUUGUUUGAACUUUAAUUAUGCUUACAGUACUUUUUUGACAGCAUUCUACUACCACUGUUUUACUAAACAUUCACAUGUUUAUAUGCACUUUACUCAUGAUGGUAUAUUAGCAGGCUUUAAAUUCAUUGUUAUAGUGUACAGAUCAUAAAUAAAAUUAUUUGCUGUUC